AUAAAACUCCUCAUGCGGCUUUCCUCUCUUCCACUAACUUUUUUCACAGAGCAAUAAAGACUUAAAGGUAAUGGGGAAUCUUUUGUGCUGCGUGCUGGUGAAGCAAUCAGAUGUGGCAAUCAAGGAGAGAUUUGGAAAGUUUGAAAAAGUUCUAAAUCCAGGUCUCCAGUUUGUGCCUUGGAUCAUAGGUGAUUAUAUAGCUGGUCACCUCACCCUCCGUCUCCAGCAACUCGAUGUUCAAUGCGAAACCAAAACAAAGGACAAUGUGUUUGUGACAGUGGUUGCAUCGAUACAAUACAGAGUCUUGGUUGACAAGGCAAGUGAUGCUUUCUACAGACUUAGUAAUCCAACUUCCCAAAUCAAAGCUUAUGUCUUUGACGUGAUCAGAGCAUGUGUACCAAAGCUGAACUUGGACGAUGUCUUCGAGCAGAAGAAUGAAAUCGCCAAAUCCGUGGAAGAAGAGCUCGACAAGGCCAUGACUGCUUAUGGUUAUGAGAUCCUCCAAACCCUUAUUAUCGACAUCGAGCCUGACCAACAAGUUAAGCGCGCCAUGAACGAAAUCAACGCUGCGGCGAGGAUGAGAGUGGCGGCGAACGAGAAGGCAGAGGCAGAGAAGAUCAUUCAGAUAAAGAGAGCAGAAGGUGAAGCUGAGUCCAAGUACCUAUCUGGACUCGGUAUAGCUCGUCAGAGACAAGCUAUCGUGGACGGUCUCAGAGACAGUGUUCUAGGGUUCGCCGGUAACGUGCCUGGGACGUCAGCUAAGGAUGUGUUGGACAUGGUCAUGAUGACUCAGUACUUUGACACGAUGAGAGAUAUCGGAGCUAGCUCUAAAUCUUCCUCGGUGUUUAUCCCACACGGUCCUGGCGCCGUCGCUGACGUGGCGGCACAGAUUCGAAAUGGAUUAUUGCAGGCCCAUCAGACCAACGCCUAAAGGGUUCAGUCAAAAGUCAACUGUCUGAAAGUCGUCUCUUCAUCAUGUGUUUUUUUUUCUUGUGCAGUUUUAUCUUUUUUUUUGGUCUGCCUUUGUUAUUUUUGUAUUUAUUUUACUAAUUCAGUUUGAAUGUGAGAAUCAAAACUAUAGCUAUCUCUAUAUCUAUGUUUUCACUGUAUUGAGUUGUCAAUGGUUGUAAUACUUCCGUGAUUACUGAAUAAAUUACUUUUUUU